UCUUUCUUCCCCUCCCUCCCCCACCACCACCACCACCACCUCCUCUGCCGCCGCCGCCAGGUCCAGCAAGCGGCACCGCGGCACACCGGCAGCCCCCGCGAGGCGCGCGCAGCGCUCAUCCCCGCCGCGUGACGGUCCCCCCGUCGCACCGAACCGGGAGAAGAGUGUCGGCCCGGGAAGCUGGAUGAAUUAUCGGAGAGUUGUGGACAAGUGCGAGAAGAAAGCUGAGGCGUCGGAGCCGCCGCGUAGACGACACUCUCAAGCCGGAGUUGUGGGCGACCAUGGAGGGGACGUCCAUGUGUGUCCCGCUGCUGCUUCUACUCUUGCAAUGUUGCCCCUCCCUCCCUGUCAGCGUAUCCACCAACAAACCACGAGUGGAAGUGCACGAGUUCUCAGAUGCGGAGCUGUCCUGCAUGUUCCGCACAGAGAGGGACCAGAACCCGCGCAUCGAGUGGAAGAAGAGGGGGAAAGAUGUGUCUUUUGUCUACUUUGACGGACAGUUCCGAGGUGCGUUCGAGGGGCGGGCGAGCAUCGAGGGGGCCACAGUGAAGUUGCGGCGGGUGACCCAGGAGGACGCCGGCGAGUACCGCUGCGAGAUCAGCGCUCCUCUGGAUUCUGUCAAUUUGGGCGAGACCAACGUCACACUCCGAGUCUUAGUGCCCCCCAACACGCCGUCCUGCCAAAUCCCGAGCGCGGCGGUCACGGGUUCUGCCGUGCAGCUGCGCUGUCGGGACCAGCAAAGCAUCCCGCCUGCCACGUACUCCUGGUACAAGGACAACCAGCUGAUCAGCCUGACACGCCACGCCAACGCCACCUAUCUAAUCAACUCCCACACAGGAGUACUGGAAUUCAAGGCGGUGGCCAAAGAGGACAGUGGUCGUUACAGCUGCCUGGCGUCCAACGGCGUGGGGAAGCCUAAGAUGUGCGAGGGCAAGCACAUGACGAUAGAGGACGUCAACGUCACGGCCGUGGUGGUUGCAGUGAUCGUGGUCUGCCUGCUCGUCAUGGUCUGCGGCUGCGGGGGAUUCCUGCUUCACCGCAAUGGCUUCUUCAGCCCAGGACACAGAGGAAGGUCAUUUUGGAUCUCCGAGUGUCACGGUGCUGCUCACAUCAGCAGACAAAACCUGAACAGAACUGAGGACACGUCCAAUGUCAACUACAUCCCUCCGCCUCAAGAACCACAAGAUUUCAAACACACACAGUCAUUCAUGCUCUGAGAAGAUGGCCAGCCUUUUGGGAAUAAGGUGCCAAUACUGGAUCCUGGGUCUCUUCCUCCCCAGGAGUAGACUUGAGCUUGUGAUCUUCCAAUGAUAUGCCAAUUUUUUUAUCCUUUACUCCCUUUAUUUUUAUUUCUCCUUUUUAGAGGGUUGAUAAAGGGCAAGUUUGACAUUAGCGAUGCUGCAUACUCUUGCUUUGCUGUGUUGGUAGUCCUGUUUAUGUGGAAUUAAAUAUAGUUUGAUGUCUCUUUGCUCCCCCCUAGUGGUCAAUAUUGGAACAGACCUACUUCAGCUGGUUUGGGAUUUGUUUUGUCCCCUAAGCAGGCCAUUGUUUUCACUUCCUGUAGUAUAUUUUCUUUUACCAAAGACUUUAAGGAAUUAUGUUGCAUUGAAACAAUCCUCUUCAUUAUACUGCAUUGUUUUUUUUAACAACAAAAAACAUGCAGUUUACCUCAGUAUUGCUCCACUUGCCAUUCUAUAUAUAACACUGGGGCCCCCAGUGUUCCAAGGGCCACAUGUCCACUGUGUUAAUAACACAAAAACCCAGCCCAGGAAAUUAUGACUAAAGACCAACCCCAUUCCAUCCUAAUGUGCCUGCAUGGUCUUUUUUGAUAUAUACAAUAUUUAUAUACAUAUAUAUAUAUAUACCUUGUGCCUUUUUAAUUUGUCUGUCAUAUUUAUCAACAGAUCAGUUUUUGUAAAGAACUUGCCUUACUUUUUUCUGUCUUUAUAUUUUGUGCCACUAUGUGUCUGUUUUUAGACCGUGUGAAUGGAUUGUUCAGAGUUUAAUUUGAAUGUUGUAUCAAUAAUAAUAAUAAAAAAAAGGUUUUCUAUGAAAAAA